AUGCGCCUCUCCCUCGUGCUGCUCGCGUCCGGCGUGCUUCUGGCGCAUGCUGCUACGACGAGCCUCGACGGGAUUUAUGCGCUAGUCCAGCGGCAGAUCCCCCAGCAUGUGGAUUCGUUCUCCUUCUCGCUGAUCGUCGGGGACGGCGACUCCUUCGUGAUUAGCGACUCGUAUUCCGGCGGCAUCUCCGUGCAAUGCACGACGGUCAGCGCGUGCGCGAGGGGCCUUUACACCUAUGUGACGCAGUAUGGCGGUGUGGACAUCUGGUGGACCGGGUCGCGUCUGGGCCAAUUGUCGUCCACACUCCCAGAGGUGGGCACUCCGGUCAACGGAACAGCCAUCGUGCCUUAUAGAUAUCACUUCAACACUGUCACAUUCGACUACACGGCUGCUUUCUGGGACUGGGAUCAGUGGCAGGCCGAGCUUGACUGGCUCGCCCUCCGCGGCGUGAACCUCCCCCUCGCCUGGGUUGGCUAUGAGUACACCCUCAUCCAGGUCUUCCAAGAGGUUGGGCUCACAGAUCAGGACAUCUCAUCUUUCCUCUCCGGGCCUGCCUUUCAGGCAUGGAACCGCUUCGGUAACAUUCAGGGUAGCUGGGGCGGCCCACUGCCCACCCAGUGGGUCGACAACCAAUACGCGCUCCAGCAGCAGAUCGUCGCGCGCAUGUACGAGCUCGGGAUGACACCCGUCCUGCCUGCCUUCACCGGGUUCGUCCCCCGCGCGCUCACUCAGCUCUACCCGAACUCGUCCAUCGUGAAUGGGAGCCAGUGGAGCGGCUUCCCGGCGGCCCUCACGGACGUGACCUUCCUGGAGCCGUGGGACGGCCUCUUCACGACGAUGCAGAAGUCGUUCAUCGACAAGCAGCAGGCGGCCUUCGGCGAGAACGUCACGCACAUCUACACGCUCGACCAGUACAACGAGAACGACCCGUACAGCGGCGACACGGGCUACCUCGCGAGCAUCUCGAACAGCACGUUCGCGGCCCUCCGCGCGGCGGACCCGGAGGCGGUGUGGAUGAUGCAGGGCUGGCUGUUCUUCUCGAGCGAGUCGUUCUGGACGGAUGACCGCGUCUCUGCGUACCUUGGCGGCGUGUCCGGCGACGAUAGCUUGAUUGUGCUGGAUCUGUAUUCGGAGGCGCAGCCGCAGUGGCAGCGGACGAGCUCGUAUUAUGGGAAGGAGUGGGUCUGGUGCGAGCUCCACGACUAUGGAGGAAACAUGGGUAUGGAGGGCAACCUACCCGUACUCGUCUCUGAUCCGAUCUCUGCUCUUGCUGCCUCGCCGAACAUGAAGGGCAUUGGUCUGACAAUGGAAGGUCAAGAGGGAAACGAGAUUGUCUACGACAUUCUCCUUGACCAAGCUUGGUCGUCCACGUCAAUCAACAUCACUGCAUACACUGAGGCUUGGGUUGCCCGUCGGUACACUGUCAACCCGUUACCUGCCGCCGCCCAAACUGCAUGGUCGAUCCUCAGCACGACCGUGUAUAGCAACAGCGACUCCAACACCCAGGCGACCAUCAAGAGCAUCCUCGAGCUGGAGCCCGCGACGUCGGGGCUGACAGGCCGCACGGGGCACCACCCCACCGCGAUCCCGUACGACACCAACACGACGAUCGUGCCCGCGCUGCAGAGCCUCGCCCAGGCCGCCACGGAGAACCCCGCGCUGCUCGACGUCCCCGAGUUCGUCUACGACCUCGUCGACACCGCGCGGCAGCUCCUCGCGAACCGCUUCAUCGACGCCUACAACGCGCUCGUGUCCGCCUACUCCGCCGGCGGCGCGUCCGCGGCGUCCGUCACCGCCGCGGGCGCGCCGCUCCUCGCGAUCCUGCACGACCUCGACACGCUCCUCUGGACGGACGCCAACUUCCUCCUGCCGACGUGGCUCGCGUCCGCGCGGAGCAUCGCGGGGGGCAACACGACGUACGCGGACUACCUCGAGUACAACGCGCGGAACCAGAUCACGCUCUGGGGCCCGGACGGCGAGAUCAGCGACUACGCGUCGAAGCAGUGGGCGGGCCUCGUCGGGACGUACUACUACCAGCGCUGGGAGACGUUCGUCGGCUACCUCGCGAACAUCACGGCGAGCGGCGCGGCGUACGACAGUGGGGCGCUGGGCAGCCAGAUGCUGGCGAUUGGCCAGGCGUGGGACGCGCAGACGUUGAGCAUGAGUACGGGGGUGAACGGAGACGCGAUGAGUGUCGUGGAGGGGAUCAUGCAGGACUACAUCUAA